AUGUCCAAACGUCUUUCCGCCACUGCCGACUACGAAGAACUGCUUGAUAAGUACGACACAUGGCUCUUUGACUGUGAUGGUGUCCUCUGGCGAGGGGAUCACUUGAUCGACGGCGUGGUGGAAGUUUUAAGUCUACUUCGGGAACGUAAAAAGAAGCUGUUUUUCGUGACGAACAAUGCUACCAAAUCACGGAAGAACUACAAGAAGAAAUUUGACCAACUCGGCUUGAAAGUAGACGUUGAUGAGGUCUUCGGAUCUGCAUAUGCAUCGGCGGUGUACAUUUCGUCCGUCAUGAAAAUGCCGAAAACAAAGAAAGUAUACGUGAUCGGCAUGAAGGGACUCGAGGAAGAACUAGACGAAGAGGGCAUAGCACACCUCGGCGGUACCGACCCAGCUGACAACACUCUUGCGGAUUUCUCACUCAAGAACUUCCACCCCGACCCCAAUGUGGGAGCGGUGGUGUGUGGCCUUGACACCUCCGUCAACUACACCAAACUCUCUAAGGCAUUCGCGUACCUGCACCGUGACAAAGAUUGCGCGUUUCUUGCGACCAACAUUGACAGCACGUACCCAAGCGCUGAAGGCCUCCUCCCCGGGGCCGGAUCUAUCAGCGCACCGCUGGCAUUCGCGUUAGGCCGUAAGCCCAUCAGUAUCGGAAAGCCGGCGGAGACGAUGCUGGAUUGUGUUCGAGCAAAAUACCAGUAUGACCCUGAGCGAACGAUCAUGGUAGGCGAUCGUCUCAACACCGACAUCGAAUUCGGCAAGCGGGGUGGUCUUGCGACCUUGCUUGUACUCACAGGAAUCACGCAUGAGUCUGAGGUAGUUGGACCGAACGCCUCCACAACGGUCCCUGACUUCUUUACGAAUUCCAUCGGAGACGUGCGCGCAGUGUUGUCAUGA